CACGGUAGAAGAAAACACAUUACUUUUUAGCCGCAAGAACAUGAUUCUAUUAUGAGUGGAUACAUAUAUUUUGAUGUAGAAAUCAAACUUGCCAAUAAACCGAAUCAACUAUCCGCACUCUACGUGAAGUCUACCAUAGAUUGUGCACUAGCAAAAAUAUUUGGUGAAAUAGGCGGCCAAACGGAGGUGGACCUGUUGAAAUUCGACGAACAGCGACAGCGCUUUAUUCUGCGAGUACCAAAAGAAUUUUACGUGAAGCUCCGAGCUGCUAUUACGCUGAUUGGAGACUACCAAGGAGUACCGUGCAAUUUCCAGGUGAAGAAGGUAUCGCCGGUUUUGUUCACAUUGGUAGAAACUCAUUUUGAUUUCGCAAGAGAGGCAGCGUUCGCUUGA